AUGUGGUCACAGGUGAUGGAAAAUGACAGCACAAGUGCUUUUGAAGGCUUCAUCCUGGUGGGCUUCUCUGAUCGUCCCCACCUAGAGCUGAUCCUCUUUGUGGUUGUCCUCACUUUUUAUCUGCUGACUCUUCUUGGCAACAUGACUAUCAUCUUGCUUUCAGUUGUGGAUUCCCGGCUGCACACACCCAUGUAUUUCUUUCUGGCCAACCUCUCAUUCCUAGAUGUGUGCUUCACCACAGGUUCCAUCCCUCAGAUGCUCUACAACCUUCGGGGUGCAGAUAAGACCAUCAGCUAUCUGGGCUGUGCCAUCCAGCUCUACUUCGUCCUGGCUCUGGGAGGGGUGGAGUGUGUUCUCCUGGCUGUCAUGGCGUAUGACCGCUACGCUGCAGUCUGCAAACCCCUGCACUACACUGUUAUCAUGCACCCGCAUCUCUGUGGGCAGCUGGCUUCAGUGGCAUGGUUGAGUGGCUUUGGCAAUUCUCUCAUAAUGGCACCCCAGACGUUGAUGCUACCUCGCUGUGGGCACCGGCGGGUGGACCACUUUCUCUGUGAGAUGCCAGCACUAAUUGGCAUGGCCUGUGUAGAUACCAUGACCCUUGAGGCACUGGCAUUUGCCUUGGCAAUCUUUAUCAUCCUGGCACCACUCAUCCUCAUCCUCAUCUCUUAUGGUUAUAUUGCACGAGCCGUGCUAAGGAUCAAGUCAGCUGCCGGGCGAAAGAAAGCCUUCAACACCUGUAGCUCCCACCUCAUUGUUGUCUCUCUCUUCUAUGGUACGAUUAUAUACAUGUACCUCCAGCCAGCAAACACUUAUUCCCAGGACCAGGGCAAGUUCCUUACUCUUUUCUACACAAUAGUCACUCCCAGUGUUAACCCCCUAAUCUACACACUGAGAAACAAAGAUGUUAAAGAGGCCAUGAAGAAGGUACUAGGGAAAGGGGAGGCAGAAGUAGAGUAAAAAGUCAUCAAAUCUGGGGACUGUCUUUUGAUCCACCUUCUAUAUAUACUGUUAGACCUAGCAAAUAAAGGAGUGUUCUGACAUUACAGACUGAGAAGGGACUUAAUGAGAUGCGGGAAUUCAACGGUGUAGCUCGGUUGAGAAAGUGCAAAUUCCUGAGCUGACCAUCGCUUUUAUUCCUCU